AUGAUACUCGUCGAAGGCUUACCUGUGGGUGGCAUUUUUGCGUUCUUCUGGAAUUUAAUGAUCUCUGCAAGCUUUCAGUUCGUAGGAUUUAUGCUGACUUAUUUGUUACAUACAUCACAUGCAUCCAAGCAAGGAUCGCGAGCAGGUUUGGGAGUUUCUCUGGUGCAAAUGGGCUUCUAUAUUCGUAGUCGUGGGACGUUGGAAGACGAUCAGUCAUCUUCGAGCACGUCUGGAACAGUUGAUGACAGUACAGACGCUGCUAUUAUCGCUUAUUUCCUGAUGAUGUUGGGCUGGUUUUUGGUCCUUCGGUCCAUUGCCGAUUAUCUCAGAGCGAAACAAUUGGAAAAAAUCAUAAGCUCUGAAUCUUCAACAGCAAGAAGUGCUCUAGCCGUGACCGAUACAUCGGCAGCGACAUCAUCGACAAACAGCACUACAAGAAUGAAUCAGAAUACUCCAGAAAACAUGGUGUAG